CACAAGGUAGAGUAGUCAACAUACGUCAAAUGGCAGAGUUUGAUUCUCCAGCAAAGCCCACAGCUGGUGCUUCACAUGCAAAAAAUCCAAGCCCACAAGCAAUAAACCGAAGCCCACAAGCAACAAGCCCAAACUCACAAGCAAGCCAGCCCAGCAAAUUAAGCUACAUGCAAAGGCCGCCUGCAAUUCUGCCCAACUACGGCAAGAGGUGGAAACAUGGCCGAUCGCUGAAGACCAACCUACCUAGGGUGUUGUUGUAUGACAACGCCACACAGCAGUCG